AGCCCUGCUCGUACCCACACUGUGACGUUUGCUCUCGUUUGCCCAGCAGUCUACUGAGCGCAAAGCGUCGAAAGCAUGAAAACUUCCCUUGUUUGAAACAAUGGCUGAUUCCACGGACGCUGCUGCAUAUGCAAUCCAAGGUGCAGCUUCAUCGUUUCUGUCUACACUUAAGAGCAAGUUUAGAACCAGUCAAAUAGCAAUUGACUUCGUUGUUAAAGAGGUCAACAGUUUGACUGAUUUAUACCUAGACUUCCUCAAGGAAAGAAUUUCAGUGAAUUGUGCUAUUCAAGAUGGGCACUUAAGGCUUGACCAAGUAUUUUCAGAACUUGAAUCUCUGCGAGGACAGUCAUUAUUUGCUGGUGUGGAAACUCAACCUUACCUGGACUCUUAUAUUGCUCACCAAAGCACCGAUUUGCCAUUUGGGUUGAAACAGUUGGUGUUUGACUGGAAAGUUGUUUACAGAAGAGGGAUUCCACACAGAGUGCCUGCAGAAUAUGCAUAUGUUGUUCCUUUCUUGCAACAGUUGGAGCAGCUUCUCAACUGCAAAGAUGUCCUGCAUUGUGUCGACAAUCCAAGACCUAGUCCAGAUGGUGUAUUCAAAACUAUAACCGAUGGUUACUUCUACAAAGCUCAUUUUAUUGUUGUCCGGAAUGGCCCCAAAACUCUCUCAAUUGUUAUUUAUGUUGAUGAUGUUCAAUUUGCUGAUCCCUGCAAAUCCAAGAAAUUGAAACACAAAUAUCGUUUGUUCUAUUGGUGUUUGGGCAAUAUCUAUCCCGAACUGCGGUCUUCUCUGAAAGCUAUCAAUCUUAUAGGCAUUGUAAACUAUAAGGUAGCCAAAAAAUAUGGUAAUGAAGAAAUCUUAAAGUUAUUCAUGAAAGAUAUUAAGGCAUUAGGUGAUGGUGUCAAGCUGAAGAUCAAUGGUGAAGAAAGACUGUUUCAUGGUAUUUUGCAAUUUGUUGCUGCGGACAUACCUGCUGCUGCUAAUCUGGGUGGGUUUAAAGAGUCACAUUUUGCACUUCGACCAUGUCGUAUGUGUAUGUGUACUCGUUUUGACAUCUGUGACCACUUUCGUGAAGAUGAAAACCUUUUGAGGCGAAUUGAUGAACAUGAGAAGAGCGUGCUUCAAGUUGAGGCUAAAAAGUUAAAGACCCCUCUUGUUACUAUGGUGGAUGUGAGCCUCACAUCACGGCAAGAAGUUGAUACUUUUGAAGAGGAAGAAGAGGAACGAGAGUUUAUUCAAGAUGUAAGACCUGCCAUUGUAUUCAAUGAUCAUCAUGAUCCCUCAGUUAACUAUGGUAUCAAUGCUAGAAGCCCUCUUGCUGAAGCCCCUGGGUUUGAUGUGACAAAGUGCUUUCCUUAUGACAUUAUGCAUGGAUUAUGGGGAGGUGUAGGGGAACUCCUUUGUCGAUUGUUGUUGAAGGACAUGUGCACUGUUCCAAAACAGCAAGUCGACGCCAGUCAACCAAAACAACGAAGAAAUGUUCCAGCAGCAAAUCCAAGUCAUCCAAAACAACAGAAUAAGGUACCAACUGUGAAGCCUAAAGUUUCACUUAAUUAUGUUAAUCAAGUCAUCCAGGACUUUUGUGACUAUGGACACUUGCAUCAGAGCAGACCAUCUCCUAUUGAGAAAUCUCAUCUUGAGUCUAAACUAGAUCAAAGUGCAUCUCAAAUGAUUGUAUUACUGCACAUUCUACCUGUCAUUGCAGUAAACAAUAUCUCAGAAGAAAAACAGGACUUACUUGGACAGUUUACAAAGAUAUCUGCUGUGUCAAUGCUGUAUGAAGCUACUGAAGAAGAUGCGCUCGAGUUGGAAAGUCUUGUUGAGAUAUUUGGGAAAGACUUUGUACGAAUCUAUCCUGAGUAUAAAACUUUAAAACUUCAUGCCCUUCGACAUUUAGCAAUGAUGCUCAGACUUCAUGGCCCGUUAAGACAGCAGGCAUGCUUUAGAUAUGAAGCAAUGCACAGAGAAUUCACACGCCUAGUAGACAUUAUAAAUAACAUGAUCAAUCUAGAAUUUUCAUUAAUAACAAGGCAUAUAAGUGCAAGAAAUAAUGACAUCAUGAACGGUAAGGAUGAUGGCACCUUCCUUUACUCAGGAGAUAUUGUUAAGAAGAGUGAGCCAACUACGCUCACAGCUUUGCCUGAUAGAGAUCUUAUUCUUGAAUUACUUCCGGAGUUGGAUUUAAAUGUGGAAGUGUCUACUGUUGACCGUUUUGACCGCCAUGGAAGAUCAUGGAAAAAAGAUGUGAUAGUCUCACUGCAAAGCAAUCAAGAACAUGCUUUUGGUAUAAUUGAAAAGAUUUAUCUUGUUAAUGACGAGAUAGUCUUCUUGUACAACAACCUGAAAGUGAACUAUUUAGCCAAAUUCCAUGCAUUUGAAAUCCAAAGAAGAGACAAUGUUCUCAAGGGAAUUCUCUUCUCCCACAUCAAGCUGCAGUUUCCUGUCACCAGAUUCACAGUCCAUUUUCGCACCAACAAUGUCAAAUCAUUUCUUGUGUCAGGAAGUUCAGGAAACCUUGUUGGAUAGCUAGCAAGUUAUAUUAUUUUUAAACAGACACUUUAAGUUUUAUCAUUGAUUUUAAAGAAUGACUUAACAAUAAUCUACCUCCUCUUAUUUCUCUAAGUGUGAUCAUGGUGUAUACACAAAGUUUUUUUACAAGAGCCACUAAGAGGUAAAUGAAUUGAUUUGACAAAUGUUAUGGCUUAAUUGUUGGUCUGUAGACACUUCAUCUCACCUCUUCAAAUCAAGUGGCUUCUUUUUAAGUGGUGAAGAUGGUGCAGCUCUUUGAUUUGGAUCAAGUUUGGUCAACGUUCACCUUUCUGUAAUGAUUUGGCUGCAUGCAUUCGCAUGCCAAAGAAGAGACAAUGUCCUCGAGGAAAUUCUCUUUUUCCACUUCAACCUGCAGUUUCCUGUUACAAGAUUCACACUCCAUUUUGGCACCACCAAUGUCAAACCAUUUCUCGUGUCAUGACUUUCAGGAAACCUGGUUGCAUAGCUAGCAAGUUAUUUUACUUUUAAACAGACAUUUUAGAUGCUAUUAUUGAAUUUAAAGAAUGACUUAACAAUAAUCUACCUCCUCUUAUUUCUCUGAGUGUGAUCAUGGUGUAUACACAAAGUUUUUUUUACAAGAGCCACUAAGAGGUAAAUGAAUUGAUUUGGCAAAUGUUAUGGCUAAAUUGUUGGUCUGUAGACACUUCAUCUCACCUCUUCAAAUCAAGUGGCUUCUUUUUAAGUGGUGAAGAUGGUGCAGCUCUUUGAUUUGGAUCAAGUUUGGUCAACGUUCACCUUUCUGUAAUGAUUUGGCUGCAUGCAUUCGCAUGCCAAAGAAGAGACAAUGUCCUCGAGGAAAUUCUCUUUUUCCACUUCAACCUGCAGUUUCCUGUUACAAGAUUCACACUCCAUUUUGGCACCACCAAUGUCAAACCAUUUCUCGUGUCAUGACUUUCAGGAAACCUGGUUGCAUAGCUAGCAAGUUAUUUUACUUUUAAACAGACACUUUAAGUUUUAUCAUUGAUUUUAAAGAAUGACUUAACAAUAAUCUACCUCCUCUUAUUUCUCUAAGUGUGAUCAUGGUGUAUACACAAAGUUUUUUUACAAGAGCCACUAAGAGGUAAAUGAAUUGAUUUGACAAAUGUUAUGGCGACAUUGUUGGUCUGCAGACACUUCAUCUCACCUCUUCAAAUCAAGUGGCUUCUUUUUAAGUGGUGAAGAUGGUGCAGCUCUUUGAUUUGGAUCAAGUUUGGUCAACGUUCACCUUUCUGUAAUGAUUUGGCUGCAUGCAUUCGCAUGCCAAAGAAGAGACAAUGUCCUCGAGGAAAUUCUCUUUUUCCACUUCAACCUGCAGUUUCCUGAGACUCUUCAUCUCACCUCUUCAAAUCAAUUGGCUUCUUUUUAAGUGGUAAAGAUGGUGCACAGAUGCAGCUCUUUGAAAAGGGUCGAGGUUGUUCAGUGUUCACCUUUAUGUGAUGUUUUGGUGUUAUUGUAAAUUGCUGUGUCAUUUGGUAGCUGUUGUCACUUGAUUUGAAAAACUUCAUUAUUUACACGGAGGUUCACAAUGAAACACUAUGUGCAAUCAAGUCAAUUAUGUAUUCAACUCUUAACAAUUGAUUUGGAGAGAAAACUUUCUGGUUUCUGCAGGAUGAUUUCUGCUUCAUCUGGUUCACCUUGCUCUUCCAGUAGUAGGCCCUCACCUUCUUCAUCACUUCUGAAGGCACAAAUAAGGGCGAAGCUUAGGUGCAUCUUCCGGAAUAAUUUGCCUGAGGCGGUUUGCGUUCUCCUCUCUAUUCUUCAAGACAUAUUCCAGGUAGUCCCCUUCUGGUGAUUCAGAGCGGCGGCGUCUCUUACUGCUAGAAAUGGACAAGGAGAGAGCCAACUAAAUAUUUGACAUUUAAACAUCACUGAACUAAACCUGUGAGCGAGCAUACUUACCCUGAAGCUUGCUCAGGCCUUUCUUCUUGCAAUCUUAGACUGAAAUGCACAUAGGAUUGAACAAUUAUUAUUAAAGAAGAAUUUAGAUUAUGUAUGAAUGUUCCUUUUUAGAUUCAACGUUCACUGAUAAUUAUUUUAAAAGCUAAUGAAAUUAUUAUUGAAGUUGAUUGUGAAUUAAAUUAGUUAUACGUCUGCGCUCACCUUUUUGGUGCUGCUUGAACUACAGCUGGCUUUGGAAGUUGAUGUGCUUUUGGCUGUUGCUUUGGCUGUUGUCCUGACGUUGAUGCCACAGCUGCAGGCUCGACUGCAGAUGGAGUCCCAGGCCCAGGGUCCUUGUGAACACGCACACCUUAAAUAAAGGAUUAUUUUUACA